GAUGAAGACAUGUUAUGGGGAACAUAUUGGUGUCCAAGCUCAAAUCCAGGCAACACCCGUUGCCACUAUCCAGGGUAUUAUUUCUGUGGGUACCGGGGAUGUGAGACCAUUGUACCGUAGGUUUCUACUACCCCAAGCACCCCAAUCAAUCGGACCUAACCGGGUUUUCAACCCAAUGGUACCCCCACAGUACGAUGUAAAAGUUGUCACGGCUAGCUUUACAGCUAUCGCACCUGUAAUGCCCACUAGCAAUCCUUUUAGUGACAACUCUCUCUGGAAAAUGAUGCAGGCUAGCUAUCAGGUACUAAACAAAACUAACCCAAAUUUUACAGAGCAUUGUUGGCUGUGCUACGGCGUAAAGCCACCCUUUUAUGAGGCUGUGGGAAUCAGCGACACACCCAUACUUGAGAACAGUGCAAAUCCGGCUCAGUGUAAUUGGGACACAGAGAAGCAUGGGAUUACGUUAGAGCAGGUGGUGGGAAGAGGCAUGUGUGUAGGUAAAGUCCCAAAAGACAAAGAACAACUGUGUGAUAAGUUGAUCCAAAUUAAGACCCCUGCCAAGUGGUUAGUGCCAGCUAACAAUACCAAGUGGGUUUGCUCUCUCGCAGGAAUUACACCAUGUGUGCCAUUGGACAGGAUCAGUGAGUCCUCCGAAUAUUGUGUCCAGGUAACCAUAGUCCCUAAGAUCUUUUACCACUCUGAAGACUUUAUCUAUAACUCACUGAGUACCCCAGAGCAUCAUCUGUCAAGACGAGAGCUCUUUAUGGCACUAACAUUAGGUACUUUAAUGAUCUUAGGAGGAGUGGGAGCAAGUACAGGAGUGACAUCUCUAGUUCGACAGGACAAAGAAUUUAGCGCCUUGAGGUCAGCAGUAGAUGAGGAUCUGGCUAGAAUUGAACAAUCAAUCAGUGCCCUAGAACAAUCACUUAGGUCACUGUCGGAAGUAGUAUUGCAAAAUAGAAGAGGGUUAGACUUAGUGUUUCUACAACGGGGAGGGGUAUGUGCAGCACUGGGAGAGGAAUGUUGUGUGUAUGCGGACCACACUGGGAUAGUGAGGGACACGAUGGCCAAGUUGCGAGAGGGGUUGGAAAAACGGAAAAGGGAACGAGAGGCGCAGGAAAGUUGGUUUACAUCUUGGUUUAAUUAUUCACCUUGGCUGACCACCCUGAUAUCUACCUUGAUAGGGCCAGUCGCAAUGAUUCUGUUAACCCUAAUCUUUGGACCCUGUAUACUGAAUAGGCUUGUGACGUUUGUCAAAAGCCGGCUGGAAAAGGUGAACAUCAUGGUGGUAAAACACCAACAACUGCUUUAAGAAUGUUUUUCUUCAGAAUUUCCUGUAGCUAUCUCUAGAGAUACCUCAUUACUUUUAUCUACCUCUCGUCUAACUUGCACUAUGUUUUCUAUUCAGGUUUGUAACACAUUUUUUAAGAUUGUUAACAUAUCUUUUUAAGACAGUUACAUUUUAACCGAUUUUAACUGUGUAUAGGGAGGGGGGAAAAGUGGUAGUUAAGAGGUACACUAAUGAUAAAAUGUAAGAUAAGGUUAAGAUAACUUUAGUAAGUACUGCUGCUAUGAAACAUAGAUCAGGAUUAAGAUAGAUUUGGUAAGUUUUAAAUCUUAAGAUUUUGAUACAUGAAUUUUUUAAGGUAGUUAUAUUUUAGGCAAUUUAGUUAGGCAUAGGGAGGGGGGAAUUGUGGGAAAACGCAGCCCGUGGAAACAAUGUAGCCAGGGACUGGCGGUCGGAAGAUUUCGCGUUGUACGGAAAGACAGGACCCCCUCCCCCCUAGAUAGCCAAUUAGAGUCUUAGUAUGUGAAGUAAGCAGACGGAAGUUACACUAAUCUAAGAUAUAAUUUGGGGUAUAAAGAGCUGUGUUGCGCACUAAUAAAACGCCAUUUGCUGUCCACCA